UUGUUGCUUGAACGACCGACAACCAACAACGACAACAACAAAAACCAACAAGAAAUAGAAGAAGAGCAGCAAGGAUGACGGAACUUCAAUUGGACAACAGUCAACAGACAGGCGACGCUGACGUCGACGUCGACCCCGCUGUUGUCAAGGCCAUAACAACAACGCCCAAGGCUACAACGGCCAAGCGUCGCCAGUUUGCCGGCGACGGGGAGGCCGAGGAGGGUUUUCUCUCCACCUCGCCGGAUAGCGCCAAUGGGGAUGCACACGCGCACACGCACACGCACACACAUACGCACACACACCCUCACACACAAACACACGAAUUGCAACAGCAGAAGUGCAGCGGCGUCGGCGUCGGCGUCGGCGGUGUCGUCACUACAGAGACGCCAAAAAGCGCCAGACAACUGCUGUUGCAAGCAUUUCAUCAGUGCAACAGUGCGGACCAGUGUGUGUCCUUGAACAAUAUACUGGACUGCUUUAAGGCGCCCGUCUCUGAGGAUCAGGCCUGGGCGCUCAUCUAUCAGUUCACAGCGCUCUAUCACAGAGUCGCCACCAAGGCGCUGCACUGCCCCAGUGGCGAAUACGAGGCGCAGCUGCCAACGCGUUUCGAGCUGCACAUGCAUCGCGACGGCAGUGUUCACUUCUCCGGCAAGAAACAGCAGCAGCAGCAGUUGCCACACAAAUCGAAUGAGCAACAGCAACUGGUGGAGGAGGAGGAGGAGGAAGAACAGGUGCAGCCGUUGUCGCCGCGCGAUGACAGCGCCAGCAGCAGCGGCGACAGCAGCGUCGUUAUUGGUCGAGCCUUUGACAACAACAAUCAGCACACGCCGCUUGUCUCUUCGCAUAGAAAGAUUAUGAGCGAGCUGGCUGAAGUUGUUUAUGCUGCGUUGGAUUAUAACUUUGCAGAUGAGGAAUGCCAAAUGUCACAGGAACUUGAAAAUCUGUUCCAUUUCAUGACAGCCGAUGAAAACGACGAUGACUGCAUCGAUGAGGGCAUCGAGGAGGGCGACAAACGCUGGGACGAUGAGACGGAGGAGGAGCGCAACAAUACCAAAGAACUGGAGCAUGUAAUCGAGACCUGCAGAAAUCAUAUAAAGCCCGCAUUACCAGAGAACCAUUACAAAGCCGUUUGUCGCGCCUUGGUAACGGAAACAAUUGAGCUGCGCACAUUUCUGCAGCAAGUCCUCAACAAAGAUACUGCAAAAUUAAUUAAGGCAUCAGAAUCAUCUCAAAGCACACAGUAUGAGCUGGCGAAGCUGGGCUUCAACGACUGGGCAGGCUUCUGGGUGCAGGUAAUCGAUGAGCUGCGACGCGGAGUACGUCUGAAGAAGCUAAACUACGAGCGGACGCCCAUCGAAUACGAACUGACGCCCUACGAAAUACUAAUGGGUGAUAUACGCGCCAAAAAGUACCAAUUGCGCAAGGUGAUGGUGAAUGGCGAUAUACCGCCGCGUGUCAAGAAGGAUGCCCAUGCGAUGAUCUUGGAGUUCAUCAGGUCACGGCCGCCAUUAAAGAAGGCCUCGGAACGUCAGUUGGGCCCACCGCUCAAGUGUACGCCUUCACCCAGGGAACAGCUUAUGGAGUCCAUUCGCCAGGGCAAGGAGCUGAAACAAACACCGAUGCCAGAAGAGCCACCUCUAAAGGAAAAAUUGCUUCCAAAUUCAACAAACGCGACGUUGUCACGAUCCCGGCAGCGACUCAUCAAAGUGGAUUUCUCAAAGUUGCAGGACGACGAGCAUAUCUUCGAUGAAUCCAGCAUCAGCAGCAGCACAGCAUCCACAGCUGCCGCGCAUCUCGCCGAGCUGCAUCGCUACUCACAGCCCAAGAUGCCGCCAUAUCCGAUCGGUGGCUAUAUGCUGGCCAGCCAGGCGAGACAUGAUUCUGCAGCGAAUGCGAUGCUAAUGCGACCGAGACGCACAAAGGAGCAGCAGCCACAGCCGCAACAGCAGCAGCAGCAGCAAGAGCAAAAACAGCAGCCGCAGCAGCAAGCACAAGUUUGUACGCAGGACGAUUAUCACAGAUACUUCGAUAAUGCCUUGGAAUCCUAUGACCUGGCCACCCAGUGCGAAUCGAGACGCGCCUCGCUGCGUCGCCACACCAUCGUGGGCUGUCAGAGCAACCUGGAUGAGACGCACUCGAUGCCUCCCACUCGUCCCGAGUCUCGUCAAUCGAAUGACGUAAGCAGCGCGUCCAAGGAGCAUUUGAAGCAGACACCCGAUGCGCCACAGUCGCUUGAACAGCAGCACCAACAGCAACAGCAACAGCAGCGACGUGAAAUGUCUGGAACUGGAGCUGGUGAAACGGCGUCGCAUUCAACAUCCUCGCUUGGCCCAUGGAACAAGUCCUUUAUGGACAAACAGACCUGGAUGGAACGUGGUGAUGAUCGUCUGUCUGUCACACUGGCGGAGAUCGUCCACAUACGUUCCGUCAUGACGAAGGCCGAGCUGGAGAGCCUGCCCAUGGAUGUGCGCGUCAAGGAGGAUGUUGAAAAGCGUCGUGUCUGCUUCCUGUGCCUCCGCACACGCUUCUCCUUCUUCGGCCCCUACGGCAUCCAGUGCAAGCUCUGCCAGCGCACUGUCUGCACCAAAUGUUACACCAAGAUGCGCAUACCCUCAGAGCAUUUUCGCAAUGUGCCCCUGGUGCUGAUCUCACCCUCGCUGCUGUCCAGUCCGGCCAGCUCGAGCACACCAUCGCCAUCGCAUCACGCUGCCCACCAUUCUGCGCACUCCUCAUCGACGGGCAACAUCAUGGACGAUCAGUUCCCCAAGUCGCUGAUCGAGCGCCUACUGCGUUCCGAGUCAGAUCGCAAGACUCGCAGCACAGUGGGCAGUGCACCCUCGUCACCCAAGCACCAAAGAUCAAACAUGAGCACGCCGGGCAUCAGUGUUGGCCCCGGCUCAACGGCCGGCGCUGCAGCCGCUGCAACUGGCCAGGCCGUGGAGGCGCUGCACGAUCAGCAAUCCAUGUCCGCCUCCUACUCGGCGGCGAUGCGACCGUCUGGUGUGCAGCAGUACCAGCAAAAGCAUCAGCAGCACUACAACAACGUCAUGUCGCGCAGCAUGGAGGGACCACGCAGCCUGCCCGUGCAGAGUCCGGCCUAUCGACCGCUCUCCAACAACAGCACACUCGAGCGCAAAUCGCGUUUCUCGCGCGGCUUUGCGCUAUUCUCGUCGGGCAGCCAUUUGGCACAGACGCAACAGGAUCAGAAGGAGAAUCUGCGCGGCGAACAGGUGACCGUCUGCAACGAUUGCCAGGGCCUGGUCAACGAGAUCACCAGUUCGGUGAAGCAAAAGCGCAGCUCGGCGCGCAAUCGGACGAUACAGAAUCUCACGCUGGAUCUGACGCCUGUCUGGAAAUAAACUAACAGAUUACCAGUAAACAGGCAGCCUGCAAAACUUCAAACAGAAAAACUAACAUAUAUAUAUAUAGAAAUAUAAAAAUUAUGCAUAUUUUGGAUGGACUGUUGUAUACAUAAGAUUGAGAAGAAGAUACAGAUACAGGCAGAGAGCCAGAUAGAAGAACAGGUUAAAGCGACCGCCUGGAAAUCGUUGUAAAUCGUUAGCCUAGUGAUAAGUAAAAAACAAAACAAAAACAAAAAACGUAGCAAAAAACAAAAGAAACAAAAAUCGCAACGCUGUAUAUUUCUUCUUCCGACUAGAGACUAGCUUGAGCGCGCACCCCACCAUAAAAAUACAAAAUUCGUACAUAUAUACAAUACCGAUACUACACCUACACCUACACACACACAUACACAUAUAAAGAUAUAGGUAAAGAUAAACCGUGCGAUAUGCGUUAAGCUGUACGAUGUCGUUGUUUGUAAUUGUUUCAUUGAUGUAUAAAUGUUGAUUAAGUCUCGUAUAACUCGUAUCUACGUAUAACAAACCUAAACAAAAACACCCGAACAAUACAAUAUACAAUAUAAUACAACAAAAUAUUACUACAUUAGCAGAUAUAAUUAUAUAUAUAUAUAUAUAGUUUAUGAUAAUUAUUCAAAUCCAAAGCACUCCACAGCUUAUGCCUUCGAUUUCGCAUGAGCUACGACGAUUGAAUCCUUAAGUUGCUAAAAGACAAAAUUAUGAAUAAAAAAAUCUUGUGAAUUAUGUGCUUGCACAGAUCUGUAUCCUUUUUGUUUCGUUUUUCCACGUGGAAAACUAAAAAAGUUCGUAUUGUUUUUUUUUUGUUUCUUUCAUUUAAGUAUCCCGACUCCCAGAAAAUUGAUUUAAACUAUUCUCAUAUUCCAUACUAAACUAUCCAUAAAUAAUUAUAAAUUGUGACUAGUUUAAAU